CCCCAGCUUUGCCUUUUUGACUUGGGACCUGGCAGUGGUGGGCUUGUGCCAAGAUGAGCAGCUUCGAUGUCUUGACAUUCCCUGUGGUGGUUGCCAAUUCUAGGCAAAGAAUCGCCUGUACAAGGAAUCAGUCCCGUACUGGUGAAUAUGUGUUUCGUGGCAAAAAAGAACUGGGUAGGCUUAACUUCUUGCAAUCCUAAACCUGCUGAGUACAAUAACUUUGCUGGGUGAUCCUAUGAAUGCUUGCUUAGAAGUUGUAAGCCCCAUUCUGCUCAGUCGGGGGUUCUCCAGUGUGCAUAGGAAUGUAGAUUUAAAAGUUGGAAGAGAUGCAAGAUUCAAAAGAUCCACCCACCUGCUGAAAGCCAGAAGCAUCAAUAUAAAGACUUGACAGCUUUGCGGGCACUAUCCAGACACCAUAGUGUUGCAAGCAUGUGCUCUCUCUCUCUCUAUAUAUAAUUUUUUAUUAUUUUUUUUAACAUAUCAUUUUCAACAGUAAUCAAACAUACUUUUACAUCUUAUUCGCAUUUUUGACUUCCAUCAAUCCUGUCUGAAAUUUUUCCAAUCUAAUCUCUCAGUAUGCAUUUCUUAUCUUCCCUAUUACAUUUCAAACUCAUAACCAAUAUCUCUUAUCUUUUUCUACUUUGUAACACUUCGUGUAUUUCUCCUUACAAAACUUCUUGUAGUCCUACUAGCGUAAUUCGUUGAUUACAGUUGCUCUUCAAAUAAUUCAUAUACUUCUUCCAAUCUUCUGUAAAUCUCUGGUCCCGCAGGUUUCGAAUCCUUCAUGUCAUUUUGUCCAAUUUUGCAUAGUCCAUUAAUUUUGUCUGCCAUUCUUCUUUCGUUGGAAUUUCUUCUUGUUUCCAUUUCUGGGCUAACAAUACACUUGCCGCAGUUGUUGCAUAUAAAAACAAUUUAACAUCUUGCCUAUUAAUGUCCUGACUUAUAAUACAGUGGUACCUCACAAGACGAAUGCCUCGCAAGACGAAAAACUCGCAAGACGAAAGAGUUUUUCGUUUUUUGAGUUGCUUCGCAAGACGAAUUUCCCUAUGGGCUUGCUUCGCAAGACGAAAACGUCUUGCGAGUUUGUUUCCUUUUCUUAAAACCGUUAAUACCGUUAAAACCGUGCUUCGCAAGACGAAAAAAUCGCAAGACGAAAAAACUCGCAGAACGAAUUAAUUUCGUCUUGCGAGGCACCACUGUACUAAGUAAAAAUGCUUCUGGUUUUUUAAAAAAUGUAUAUUUCAACAUCUUUUUCAUCUCAUUAUAUAUCAUUUCCCAGAAGUUCUUUACUUUUUUACAUUCCCACCACAUAUGAUAAAAUGUUCCUUCUUUUUCUUCACAUUUCCAACAUUUCUUAUUUGUCUUAUACAUUUUAGCUAAUUUCACUGGUGUAAUAUACCAUCUAUACAUCAUUUUCAUCAUAUUCUCUUUCAAAGCAUUACAGGCUGUAAAUUUUAUCCUUUCAUUCAUUCACCUUUCCCAUUCAUCAAGCUGUAUAUUAUAUCCAAAGUCUUUUGCCCAAUGUAUCAUUACCGAUUUCACUUAGUGUUGCAAGCAUGUGCUUGCCAGAAAAGAGCCUGCUGGCUGGAGCCUGCUGAAGAUUUACAUCUCACAGAGCUGUGAUAGAAGUUUGAUUUAUUGUGGUGGUUUGGUUUUCCAGAUUGCUUUGUUUCAUUCUGUGUUAUAUGAAUCGUAGAGUUGGAAGGGGCCACGAGAGUCAUCUAGUCCAACCCCCUGCAAGGCAGGAAUUUUUUGCCCAGUGUUGGGCUCGAACCCACCAACCUGAGAUUAACGGACUCAUGCUAUAUAUAAUUUAGAGCAUUUGCACCCUGCUCUUCAUCCAAUUGGAACAAGACAGUCGCUCCCUGCAGGCUUACAAUCUAAACAAAGAAAAAGACACACAAGGUAAAAGGGAAAACUAAAAAUAAAAAGGCACACCAGUUUUCUGAACAUUUGUUCCUAUAAUGACCAGACGGCACAGUUCAGGGGCAGUAGGUGCUUGAUGGAGCCGGGCCUCCAACAAAGCGGAUCAAAUGAACCCUGCUUCCUAUAUCUCCAACUGAGGCAGUCUGAUUGAAUAGCUGCCCCAGAGAGAAAGAGGGAGAGAGUUGUAUCUUACACUGCGAUUGAUAACAAAAGAGCUCCAGAUGACUCGAGUAAUAAUAAUAAUAAUAAUUUAUUAUUUGUACACCGCCCAACUGGCUGGGUUUCCCCAGCCACUCUGGGCGGCUUCCAACAAAGAUGAAAAAUACAUUAAAAUGUCACACAUUAAAAACUUCCCUGAACAGGGCUGUCUUCAGAAGUCUUCUAAAUGUUAGGCAGUUGUUUAUCUCUUUGACAUCUGAUGGAAGGGUGUUCCACAGGGUCGGCGCCACUACCGAGAAGGCCCUCUGCCUUGUUCUCUGUAGCUUUGCUUCUCGCAAUGAGGGAACCGCCAGAAGGCCCUCGGCGUUGGACCUCAGCGUCUGAGUAGAACGAUGGGGUUGGAGAGUAAGCGAGCCAGGCCACUUGUAGAUGUAUUUAUUAAUUCAAAACCAUUUGUAUGCUUCCCCUUGCUUUCCUAAAGAUUCUGGGGCAGCUCACAGCAAGUGCAAACACCCCGUCAAACACAAACUCAAAAAGCUCAGUCAUAAACACUUAAAGCAGAAUAGAGUAAUAGAAACAAAUGACACCAGUAGGUGACAUAGCUAAGCCUGGCAGGACAGCUCCCUCUGUGGUAUUAACCCCUUCAUGCAUUAAUUAGAAUUAAGCAUGUUGGCUUUAUGAGGCUGGUUAUCCAACAAUCUGGGUGUUUAGUUCUCAUUUUUGACCUCUCACAAGUUACUGAAAUGCAGAUCACCCAUAAUAUCCUAUUGCCCCUUGCAAUAUUUUAUUCUUUCUGACAUGAACUGAAUUACUGCAACAGCACCAUGUGUUAUUUAGAAGGUUGGAUCUAUUGUUACACACUCCCAAAUUCCCCAAGCGAUGAGAAUGCCCACACGUUUCAGAAGGAUAUUGUAGAAGUGAAGAAUUAGUUAGAUUCAAAAGAUGCCUUUUACACCUCUAACAGUUAUUACUCCUGGGUUGUACCAAAGGAUGCGUCCUUAAGAAAUACAUAUACUUAAUGGCAAAUCUGUUGAACAGAUUUAAAUUGCCAAAUACCGGAAACGAAAUCCAUAUUCUUGAGAAAUGGUAGCCUAAAGCUUGGCAUGCCAUGCUUAUGAGCAAAUUAACAACACAUAGGAAGCCUGUGGAAGGAGAACCUCAAUGCAGUUUGUCAGCUUCAGAAACAAUGUUCAAUAUUUAUUUAGCCCUGGAACAAAAGGAAGCCCAAUUAAAAUAUUGGGGCUGGAGUUUUAGAGCUGGUGUAAUUCAAUUUUCUGUUCUGUUCUUUACUUUUCAUUAUACUUACUGAUGGCGAAUGGGUUGUCAUUUUGUCUGCUUUGCCCCAUAUUUAUGGGUUUUUACAGAUAAGUUAGUUAGGGUGCCUAGGUUUGCUUCCGUUUGAACAAGAGGUAGACUGGAGGCAAAGGCUGCUGCAGUUCCAAGGAAGGAGAGCAAAAUCCAAAGGCUGUUGAACUGCCUUAUCAAAAGCUCUAUCAGACUCUAACCGUCAAGGCAGAAGUGAAGGUUGAGGAGCAACAAGGGUGGUUGCCCAGGAAAGUAUAAAGACAAGAAAACGUUUCUUGACGUCCUUUUCUAUUUCAAUCUUUACAGAGAGAGGCUAUAGAACCCAGCCUCUUGGAUAAUUGCCUCUGGUCUAUUUUGGGGGGAAUCAUGCAACGUGUUUAAGUUUUUUCACUCUGCUAACUAUACGUUGGAAUAAUAAAAUGAAUAAUAAAAUUUUAUUUAUUUCCCGCCCUCCCCAGCCAAAGCCGGACUCAGAGCAGCUAACAACAGUAAAAUAAUACAGCAUUCUAAAAUCAGUUCAUUAUAAAAUCAGUUCAAAUCAAAUUAAUGGCAACCAUUGGGCUAGAGUUCUGUGAGGAUUACCAAAGGAGGGGGUCAGGCUGUGUCUUGGCCAAAGGCCCGGUGGAACAGCUCUGUCUUGCAGGCCCUGCGGAAAGAUGUCAAGUCCCGCAGGGCCCUAGUCUCUUGUGACAGAGCGUUCCACCAGAUCAGAGCCACAGCCGAAAAAGCCCUGGCUCUGGUUGAGGCCAGCCUAACCUCCCUGUGGCCCGGGACCUCCAAGAUGUUUUUGUUUGAAGACCGUAAGCUCCUCUGUGGGACAUACCAGGAGAGGCGGAAUCCAGAAUCUGUUCUGGAUCGAGUAGAAUUUCAGUGGCAAUUACUUCCUGACUCCAAACACAGUGAUCGAUCAGCUCCUGUACACGUACGAAAGGCUUUCCUGCAACCCCCCUCAAAAGACAAACUUACGUGGGGCACCUCAGACAACACCAGUAGUUGUCCUCGAUGCUGCAGAAGAGAACAAAACAUCCAGGAGGAGUUGCAAGAAGGAUGAAAUGCUUCAUACAUUUAUAUUGAGCUCCAUGAGGCUCUUAGCUCCAACAACUGUUGACUAUUCAAGAUUUACAGCUGUCAUUAGCAAUAUUCUGUUUUCCUACUUGGUUUUGCUAACAGCCAGUGGGCGUUUAUGUGCAGGGCGAAAGUCAGCGAGAGAGUGUAUAGACUAGAAAAAAGCAGCAUAGGCUGGUUUUUUGUUUGGUUUUUUGAAAUAAUUUUUUAUUUGAUUUUCAAGAUUAUAAACUGAAUCUCCUGGCUUUCUCCCCCAUCCUUUCCAUAGGCCCUAUUAAUCCUAUUUUCAACUGCAUAUCAUUACUUCUCCAAUUUUUUUGAUCUUUCUAAGUUAUCCAUACAUACUGUUACAUUACAAUGGUAUUUAAAAUCCUGCCAGUGUUUUAACCUGCUUACAAUAAUCUCGUACAGUGGUACCUCUGGUUACGUACUUAAUACGUUCCGGAGGUCUGUUCUUAACCUGAAACUGUUCUUAACCUGAAGCACUACUUUAGCUAAUGGGGCCUCCUGCUGCCGCUGCACUGCCGCCGCGCAAUUUCUGCUCUCAUCCUGAAGGUACUAUUUCUGAGUCUAUAACCUGAAGUGUAUGUAACCUGAAGCGUAUGUAACCCGAGGUACCACUGUAUACGCAUUAUAAACUUUUCCCAUUCUUUUCUAAAGAUCUUGUCUUCUUUGUUCCUGAGCUUCCCAGUUAAUUUUGACAUUUGGGCAUAGUCCAUCAACUUGGUUUGCCAUCCCUCUCUGGGUUAUCUCUUCUUUCCACCUCUGGGCUAAAAACAUCCGUGCAGCUGUUGUCGCGUACAUAAACAGUUUCUUUUCUGGUCUUUUGGAAUCUCGGUACCCGGAAAAGCCUUGUAGACUAGAUCAGGAUAUUUGAAGGUAAUAUGUAUGGGAGCAGAGAUCUAUUUCUACCCUUUUGAAAACACUCGUUUUCUCCUCUCCCGGCAGCUAGAAGUCACGUGGAUAGUAGACCUCCGGAGGCCAAGACUCACCUCUACUUCAAGGUUUCCAAGAUACAGGUACAUGAGCGUUCCCUUUGCAAUUGGUGCUGAUGUUGGGCAUAAAGUUAGACCAUUUAAAGGUAAAGGUAAAGGGACCCCUGACCAUUAGGUCCAGUCGUGGCCGACUCUGGGGUUGUGGCCUCGGCUUUACUGGCCGAGGGAGCCGGCGUACAGCUUCCGGGUCAUGUGGCCAGCAUGACUAAGCCGCUUCUGGUGAACCAGAACAGUGCACGGAAAUGCCAUUAACCUUCCCGCCAGAGCGGUACCUAUUUAUCUACUUGCACUUUGUGCCUUCGAACUGCUAGGUUGGCAGGAGCAGGGACCGAGCAACGGGAGCUCACCCCGUCGCGGGGAUUCGAACCGCCGACCUUCUGAUCAGCAAGUCCUAGGCUCUGUGGUUUAACCCACAGUGCCACCCAUGUCCCUCUUACCGUUUAGGUGUAAGCAAAUGCAACUAAAAAACCCGAUCCUUUCAAAAGGCAGGGCACAAAGCCUGUGCUUUGCUCAUCACUUUUCUGCUUCUGAUCAAACCCUACGCAGCUUUUCAUGCCAUCUGGUUCCAAACAUCCCUUUGGCCUUGAACUGGUCUUUGACUGUAAUAAAUUAUUAUUAUUAUUAUUAUUAUUAUUAUUAUUAUUAUUAUCUCUUUGGCCUCCCAAAGCACAUGUCUAAAACCCUGCAGGAAGGAAAACAGGUGGAAUCUGAAGUGGGGAAUCAGCAGGUUGGGAAAGGUUAACUUCUGUUCUCCAUGCUUCCCCCCCCCCCAAAGCCCUUUUUUAACUGAAAAAUGAGGUGGAACAUUUAGGGAGAAUGGGAUGUGCUUUUAUUUUUAAAAAAUAUUCAGGGCCCCUCCAGACUCCAGCUUUUUAUCUGGGAACAAUCUAUGGAGUUAGGCUGUUUUGCGGUUGCAUAUGUAAUAAAACUACACCAAGUUUAUGGGUGUUUUUAAAAGUAUGGGCAGAAUUGUUUCAUUGCGUAUUUAAAUCAUGUGUAAUUGGUUUUUAUAUGUACUGUAUUUUUCUGCGUAUAAGACGAUUUUUUAUUAUUAAAAAUGUUAAAAAAUGGUGGUUGUGUUAUACACGGAUAGUGCAAUGGGGGGGUGGCCGAUUGGUGGGAGCAUGAGCAGGAGAUUGUCUGUGGUGAUUGGGCAGGUGAUUGGUGGCUGCGACAAGGCCUUCUGACGAUUGGCUGCUGCUGCGGCAAUUGGGCGGGUGGUUGGUGGUUGUGUCAAGGCCUGCUGGCGAUUGGCUGCUGCUGCGGCAAUUGGACAGGCGAUUGGCAGCUUCUGGCGACGAUUGGUGGCUUCGGCGAGGCAUGCGAUUGGCAGUGGCGGUUAGGCGUGUGAGCGAUUGGUGGCAAUCCCCCCCCCAGAAAAGUUCAACAAUUGUGGGCAAUUCCCCCCACCCCAAAAAAAGGUUAACAACUCUGGGCAAUCUCCCCCCAUUUCCUUAAUUUGGGGUCCCAAAAAUAGGGGUCAUUUUAUACAAAUGGGGGGGUGUUAUACACGGAAAAAUACAGUAAUUGGUUUUACAUUUGUAAAACGCUUAGAAGCUCAUUUUGGCAAGGAAGCGGUAUAUAAAUCAAUAACACAUAACAUAAUGCAUGUGACUAAGCACAGCAGAAAAAGAACUGGGGUAAUAAACAAGAAAUCCAAAGGGUGGAAUAGAAACACAAAUGAUCUGGUUUCCCUCAACACCAGGAGAAACGUGAGUUCUAAAGGGAAUAUCUGAAAUGCAUUGCAUUCCUUUGAAAAAAAGGAGACAAGUAGGUGAGGUGUUUUAGCAUACCAUCUGAAUGGUUUUGCGGUUUGUUUUUGCUUUUUAAAAGUACAGUGGUGCCUUGGUUCUCAAACGCCUUGGUACUCAAACAGCUUGGAACCCAAACAUUGCAAAGUGUUCCAGUUUGCAAACUGUUUUUGGAAGCCAAACAUGCUCUGUUUUGAGUGCCACGCUUCUGUUUUGAGUAUUAUGCUGAGCUCUGUCUGUUUUUGCUAUUUAUUUUGUGUUUUUGUUAUCGCGGCUCUUUUUUGUGUGUUACUGUGUGGAACCCGGUUCAGCUACUGAUUGACUGACUGUGUGACUGCGGCACAUUGUUUAUUGCUUUCAUGUUAUGGCUCUCGUUAGAUAGUAAAAUCCAUGUUAAAUUGCUGUUUUAGGGGUUGUUUUUGAAAUCUGGAAUGGAUUAAUCCAUUUUGCUUUCUAUGGGAAAGCGCACCUUGGUUUUGGAACGCUUUGGACUUCCGGAAUGGGUUAAGUUUGAGAGCCAAGGUACCACUGUAUUGUACCGUGGCUUCAAAAGAGUUAACAAAGAAGCUGUAGAACGUAUUAGUUAGACCUUUCUUCUACUAGCAAAUCUAAUCAAGUCUCCAUACUCUCUUUUCUUCAGAAGCUAACACUCCCCAAGAUUGUGGAGCCAGAUAAUACGGAGACGCAAAAUGCACCUGUGGCAGUAGAAGUGAGGGUAAAUGUCACCAUAUCUUGAAGGGCACCCCCUUAGUUCAGGCCCAAGCAGGAGGUAGGGCUAAAAGCAAGACAGUAGCUGCAGGAGAAAAUCAUGUGCUAUGCUCAGCUCUUGCAUAAAACUAUUUGUUGUUCAGCUCCUCGGAGCUGCUCAUCAUUGAACGAGAGAACAUUUCGUGGUACCAGGAGUAAGGUCAGCGAGAAACGUAAGGGGCAGAAAAACUGAAAAUUCAAGGAUGGAAUGAAGAAGAGAAGAAGAGUUCGGAUUUGAUAUCCCACUUUAUCACUACCUGAAGGAUUCUCAAAGCGGCUAACAUUCUCCUUUCCCCUCCUCCCCCACAACAAACACUCUGUGAGGUGAGUGGGGCUGAGAGACUUCAGAGAAGUGUGACUAGCUCAAGGUCACCCAGCAGCUGCAUGUGGAGGAGCGGAGACUCGAACCCGGUUCACCAGAUUACGAGUCUACCACUCUUAACCACUACACCACACUGGCUCUCACACUGGAAUGAGAGAAAAAAUGGAAUGGUUCGAGGCUCCUGAGGGAGUUGAAACUUAGUGGCCAUGCAGCGAACUCCUGGAAAAGGUUUAAACGUGACUUCACCAUUGACAUGCAAGGUACAGGAAUGGAUGAAAAGAAGAUCCUCAAAAGGUAACCAUGUUUUUGCCUAUAGCAGGGCAUGAGGCAGUAGACAUUUUCCUGGCCGUGCAAUCAAGGCAGGAGGAAGAGGUGUGCAGAAAUUGGAUGAGUAUCGCAUGCCCAAGAGAGCAAUGAGAUUUAUGAAAGAUUUAAGAUUUCCGUCAGAGGAAGGGGAAUCGAUACGGACUUUAAUAGAUGAUUCAGAAAUGCAACUGUGGGACCCUAACGGCAUCAUUAAUUAGAGAUCAGAUAGUGUUGAGGGUUGGAGACUGUGAACUUUUUAUUUAAAAACUCCUGCAAGACUGUGAUCUGACUCAUGAAAGGGCAGUCCAGGCUGCAAGGCUAGAAUGCAAGUAUUAAAGGAAAACCUUUUUAAGUCUUUGCGUUGGCUUAUUCUGGGGAAGAAAUGAUGCACAGAGGGGUCUGUGAAUUGCAGAACAGGUUCCAAAUUUGAAUGGAGAUCUUCUAGUUCAAUAGUGUGUGGGAACACAGAACCUUUCCUAGGACAAAAAACUUGUCAUAUUCUGGUUAAAAGACUGCACAUCAUAAGGCAAACCAAAGAUAUUCACAUUGUAUCCCGAUGUCUUUGAAGGAACAGGCAAGGUGGAAAGUGUAUACAGUGGUAUCUCGGUUUUCAAACAUAAUCCGUUCCAGAAGACCGUUCGAGUUCCGAAAUGUUCGAAAACCGAAAAUUCAAUAACGAAAACUCAAUAUGGAAGCCGCGUGACAUGUUUGACUUCUGAAAAGUGUUCAAAAACUGAAGCAUUUACUUCUGGGUUUACAGCAUUCAAGUUCAGAAACAUUCAUGUACAGAGACGUUCAAAAACCAAGGUACCACUGUAUAAAAUCCAAUUAACAGAGCCAAAGAAACUAGUGAUAAAUGCACCUUGCAGAAGUUCCUUCGGCCCUCACAAAAAGUCUAGGAGAACUCAAACUUCUGGAGAUCAUUGAAAAUGUCGAUGAGCCCAUGGAACAGGUCCAUUUUUCAAUACUCAUAAAGAAGAAACAUACAGGACGUCGCUCAGAUUGUGCCUGGAUCCAUUGAAAGAAGUUCAGUUUUAGGGUCAUGACAAGGGCAAAAUAUUUUUCAAAUUUAGAUGCCUCUCCAGGAUUCUGGCGAAUACCAUUAGACUAGAGGGGCUCAUGAAUUUUCAGUACACUUAUUAUUGCUUCCACGGAUAGCCAUUUGAUUUUAAAUCUGCCUCCCAUCGAAAGCAAAGUGGAAAUUGUGAAGCGUUUGCUGAAAAAGGCCUCGGAUACAAAAACAGAUUCAUACUUGGCAUAGCUGGAUUACAGGGGUGGAAAUGGGAAAAUUCCCUGCUGAGCUCUUGUUUAUUAGAACACUCAGGACCAAACUGCUAUGGCUGGAACACCAUAACUCUGACUCAGCCUGAAGCAUUCAGUAAAAAAAGCAAUAUUAUGGCACAAAUUCCUGAGCACCGAGAUCCCUCUACAACCCAAAAAUGAAGUUCAAGUGCGGGAUGGUACCCCAUGAACCCAGAGGGUUGUUGUCAAACGAAGAAGUAGCCCCCAGAUCAUGCAACAUGCAGACUUCCGUUGGAGAAAUAUUGCGACGUAACCAAUGGCAUCUCCUCCAGAUACCAGAAAGAGAGGAAGGAGAGAAGAAAGGAGGAGUAACACAGCAGGGGAAGGAAGCAGGAGGAAAACACUGGAGGGAGGGUGGGAAAAUGAAGCAUCUUCAGAAAUGAGUCUGGGAAGGUACACUCAAAACCAGAAGGCCCCAGAAAGACUUAUUUAAAAAACAAACAAACACAGACACAUUGUUUUAAAAAAGGGAGAUGUAAGGAUAAAUGGGGUACCUCCCAUAUCUAGUUUAGGAGGUUAGGUUGGAGGCAGGGUGAGAAGCCAAGGGAAAGAAUGGCUAAAGGAGAGAAGACCUUUUUACGUAGUUCUUUAAUUAAACUACCACUACUUCUUCUUCAAAGGGAUGCGGGUGGCGCUGUAGGUUAAACCACAGAGCCUAGGACUUGUCGAUCGGAAGGGCGGUUCGAAUCCCCGCAAUGACGGGGUGAGCUCCCGUUGCUAGGUCCCUGCUCCUGUCAACCUAGCAGUUCGAAAGCACGUCAGAGUCUAAGUAGAUAAGUAGGUACCGCUCUGGCAGGAAGGUAAACGGCGUUUCCGUGCGCUGCUCUGGUUCGCCAGAAGCGGCUUAGUCAUGCUGGCCACAUGACCCGGAAGCUGUACGCCGGCUCCCUCGGCCAAUAAAGCGAGAUGAGCGCCGCAACCCCAGAGUCGGCCACGGCUGGACCUCAUGGUCAGGGGACCCUUUACCUUUACUUCUUCUUCAAGCCCUCUAACCUGCUCCUCAUUAAACAGAGAACAUUGCAGCAGAAAUUGUAAUUAAAAAUGUGAAAUUAGAAAGGAAUAAACCCCCCACCUUUAGAUGUUUUCCCUUUUCAGUUUUACAAAGCGUUUCCCCUAACGUUAAUUCAACCAGUAACCAAAGUUACCAGGGAGAGGAAAUUUCUCAUUCUUAGGGGCAACCAAACGUCAUCAUUCUCCCCAGUCUAGAAAAGGAAACAUUCCUAACACUUCUUAUCAGCCAGUUUUUGUUUUCUUAGUUGUGACAAGAUAUUUCUGGCAGUGCUGGCCAAAGUACCAGAUGUCAUUGUACAACGUAAGAUUUGGAUUUGUCAGUAGACCCCCAAAUAUUUUUAAUAUAUCUACAGUUGUACCUUGGUUUUAGAACAGCUUAGUUCUCGAACGUUUUGGCUCCCGAACGCCGCAAACCUGGAAGUGAGUGUUCCAGUUUGCGAACUGUUUUUGGAACACGAACGUCCAACGAGGCUUCCGCAGCUUCCAGUUGGCUGCAGGAUUUUAACAGUGGGUUCGUAAGUGGCUGUGGAGGCCAGUUCUGGAUCCACACGUCCUUCCACAGUGGGAACAUAGGUUUCCGGGUGGGAGUUGAUCACGGUGUGGAUUUGCCAAGUGUGCCUUCCUCUUAGCACGUUUCUCCCUUGUGUCCUGAGUUCGAGUGUCUUCAAAGCCCAUGACACCUUUGGUAAAGGCUGUUCUCCAACUGGAGCGCUCACAGGCCAGUGUUUCCCAGUUGUCGGUGUUUAUACUACAUUUUUAAAGAUUUGCCUUGAGAGAAUCUUUAAACCUCUUUUGUUGACCACCAGCAUUAUGAUUUCAAUUUUUAAGUUCAGAAUAGAGUAGUUGCUUUAGAAGACGAUAAUCAGGCAUCCGUACCACCUGAGGGCCUAAGUUCGUCUUGUCCAUUCAUUUCAGUAGGUCCACUCUGAGUUAGUUAGUUAGUUAGUUAGUUAGUUAGAUACAACCCCCUAACUUUUAAUAAAAGGUUGUCAAGUCUCCCAAAUAAGGGAAUGUUUCUCAUUUAUAAAUUAUCAUUGCAGCAUCACCACCCACCCGAAUAUAUCAUUUACCAAAUUCAACAGCAACAAAAACUUAUGGGCACAGCUAGUAUUCUCUUUUUAAGAAAAAGAAGCAAUGUCAAUGUCACCGCAUCAAUAUUUAGUUUGGUACAUACAUAUUUUAAGGUUAAAAGUUGCUGGGGAAAUGGGAUCAAAACCAUGACGCCAUGAAGGAGGAAUGGCAGACAAAAUGGAUGGAAUAUGCAGAAAUGUCAAGUUUAACCAGUAGAAUAAGAGAUCAGGAAGAAGAGUGGGGAAUAUUUGGAAAAUAUCUGAAGAUUCAUUGCAAGCAAAUUAAAACACUAGCAGGAUUAGAGUGAAUUCAGCACUGUAUAAUUUAGCUGGGAGAAAAAACUAAUAUGGAGUAAUUAGAAUAUGCAGCAGCAGAGGAUAAUUAGAAUGAACCAUGGAAGAAGGGGAGGGAAGUUGAUGAAUAAAUAUAUUGUCUGUUCUUUUUGAUGAAUGUAAAUGUGGAAAUUUGUAGAAGUGACAUUAUAUUAAAACAACAACAACAACAACAUUACACUACAGAUCGUUUUCUUUUUUUCCAAUUAAAAUUGCCUUCUUCCCCUCCAUGAAACUGCCAUUUCCCCCACAGUAGGAAUAUGCAGGCACCCUGAGACCCCGUAUAUAUUUUCUUCCUGCAGUGCGCACCACAGUCCCAACAGGAGAGAAAAUAACUGGCAAAAAUUCCGCAAUUCACCAUUUUAUAAAACAGUCACACUCUGCUUUACUUUUUUGUCACGCACAUAGGAAUGGGAAAAGGGGCCGGGGAGGUGGGUUGUGGGGGGGUUUUUUGCCUUUUUUUGCCAAAUGUAAAAUAAAAAACAAUUUACAUCCUUGGGGACGGGGGACAUAAGUAUGUGUAAAAAUGUUAUUUAAAAAAAUGUGGGAGGGGGGAUUGGGGAGGAGGUUGAGAGCUCCUGUUUAUUAUAGGAUAAACAAAACUUUUUUAAAAAAAAACAAGAAAUUCACAGUUUCUGUCUCUCGCUCUCUCUUUCUAUAGGACGCCCAAAAGAAAAUUGGGCUGAUUGAACGGGAAAACAAGACCCUGUCGACACGCCUAGCUCAUAUAUAUCGCGGCACAGGCUUGGUAGACUGCUGGAACCCGUACCAAAAAAAGAGGUGGGCAGUUGUGAGUCUUUAAUGCCUCUACGCUAUUCUUCCGGGAGUGCCAGCUUGGCCCCACAGCCGUGGUUGCUCGGGGCUGUGGGUGCCAUGCAGCGUGCAUGGCCCUGGGGCUGAAAUUUGUGGGUGCCCGGCCCCUUCAUGGAAUAAAGGUAAAGGUAAAGGGACCCCUGACCAUUAGGUCCAGUCGUGGCCAACUCUGGGGUUGUGGCGCUCAUCUCGCUUUACUGGCCAAGGGAGCUGGCGUACAGCUUCUGGGUCAUGGGGCCAGCAUGACUAAGCCGCUUCUGGCAAACCAGAGCAGCGCACGGAAACGCCGUUUACCUUCCCGCUGGAGCGGUACCUAUUUAUCUACUUGCACUUUUGGUUUUUUUUAAGAAUAUUUUUUAAUUAACCGACCAAUCACAUCAAAUCAAACCAAAUUACAUAAAUUCCAAAUUACACAGCCGAAUUUUAAAUUUUUGUUGGGGGUACCCAUAUUUCAAGUUCCGAAGGGAUCCAAUCAACUUCUUGCUUCUUACUGCUGUUUUAAUGUCCACAAAUCUAACCUUAUGAUGUUCACAGUACUAUCCAGUCCUUUCUUAUUAUUUUUCCACAUCUCUUGUUGUUAUUUUCAUAUAUUUUCCUUUCUCUUUGUGACCUCUGAUAGUCUCCGCAAGCUGGUUAGAACAGUUUGUAAUCCUGCGUGGAUAUUAAUUUUUUUAUCCAGUAGCCAUAUCCAGACGUUUUCCAUAUAACAUCACUUCCAUACAUCAAAACAGUCUUAGCGUCAUUAGUCUUCACCAAUCUGCCUCCUUUCUCAAAACCUCUGAGGAGAUUCACUAGGAAUGCAGUCUGAAAACAAAUCCGUUCUUCCUCCCGGCUGUAAAUCCUUUGGCAAGAUGGCGACUCCGAAUUAAUUGCUGCGCCAUUCCCAAAAGCUCUUAUUGCUUCUCGGUUUCCAUAAAGCAUACUUUUGGUUAAAGUUUAUCUCCACACAGACCUUAAUCAUCCUGCUUGGGUCAGUUCAACCCACAGUUCUAAUGAGGAGGGGUUCUUGUAAAUCACAUAGAAGGAAAGUAAAAAAGGUUCCCUCAGCCCCGUUGUCAACAUACCCCGCCUUUGGUGUAUCUUCUUCGUAAAAUAUUCCUGUUUCUCCAGCCCGUUGUCUUCUUUCGCAGAGGUCACUUAAAUUAGCAGACUUCACUCCCCUUCUUCACUAGAAAUCUGUGCAUUUGCUUCUUAGUGAAUUAAUUAUUCCAAAUUGCUGCAACUAGUGCGCGAUCAGAGACAGCGUCCAGGAGAGCCGAUGUCCACAUGGGGGCAUUCUGCCUAGGGCCCUCACCCCCUUCUUUCGAAUUAGGGGGUGAUUUAUGGGCACAGCAGGCAAGGGCAGUGUUCCCCAUUUCCUUGGGGCAACAAGGGAGGCUGCCUACUCCCAUAACAGCCUCUUAAUUACCCCGUGUGGGUUGGAGAGAUGGUAUUGUCGGCCAUCUUCCAAUGCGCCCCCUAGUGCCCCCCUAUCUACUUGCACUUUUGACUGGCUUUCAAACUGCUAGGUUGGCAGGAGCAGGGACCGAGCAAUGGGCGCUCACCCCGUCACAGGGAUUCGAACAGCCAACCUUCUGAUCAGCAAGUCUUGGCUCUGUGGUUUAACCCACAGCGCCACCCGCAUCCCUAUCUUCAUGGAAUAGGAUGUCCCUAUUUUCCCCAUAGAAAUGUUGAAGGGUCUGUCAUACUGGCCAGGAGGGCAGAGGGUGGCAGCUGACUGAAUUCCAGCAAGAACUUUGGCCUAUAGAGCACACAGAGCCUGACUUUCCUGAUGUGUUGAAGGACCAGGACCCUCCAUAGGAGGUGAAUCACUGAAGGCCACCUGCUGGAGACCCUGGUUGGAGUCCUCCCUGCAUCAUAGGCUGCCUCCUCAUUGUUAUCUAUUUAAUACAUGAGUCGUAAAAGGGGUGUCUCAGAACCAGCUGCUUUUCAUGACAGUAAGCUGUUCAUUCAUACGGUAUAGAAUAAGAAAGCUUAAUCUCUAGUGAGUCACCUAUCUCUCCCCACUGGCUUCAUUUUGAGACUGAUGAAAUAAAAAAGGGGAUAAAGUUUGCAUUGUAAUUUUUAUCAGGGGAAAAGAAAUAAUCGUUAUAAAAAUAACAGAACAAACAAUAGUCAGCUGCUAGCUGAUGCAAAGAAAGAUUCCCUUUUUAAAAAUUAGAGGGUUUUUGUAUUAAAAGAUGUUCUUGUGUUACAAAACAAACAAAUAAAUGGGGGGAAGUAUUUAGGGCUUUAACACCUAGCCAGGUACAUAUUCCCUUUUGCUUAAAACUUAAAUCUUCUUACCUCGGAAGCUUGCUCACAAUUCUGUGACAUUUUAAUUGCCCUGCUAUGGAUUUUGGAUCCCUCCUCCUAAUUUAUUCCCAGGGUGGGGAGGGCAAAGGAAAACGUCUAAGAAUAAACUUUCUACUUCUAUUGCAUUUUUAUAGCAAUAACGUGACAAGAGCUCUUUGACUGGCUCAUGACCAGACAAGAGGAGUGAUGUUCUCAACAGAUGCCCAUCCGCCUCGCAUCUUCCUGCUCUCUUUUCCAUUUAAUAUAAGACACACAUUUUUGGGUGGGGACAGUCGCAUCCUAAUGAGGUGGAUUUUAAUAUGAGAUGGCUGAAGAAAGAUGCUGUCCAUAGUGGGACAGCUGUCCCAGGAUUCCCCACGUGGUCACAAGGGAUCUAGAGAUACACCUCCUGGAUCCUUUCUGGUUCUAGCUGGAGGGGCAAUACCCAAUAAAAGGGACAUAGGUGGUGCUGUGGUCUAAACCACUGAGCCUCUUGGGCUUGCCGAUUGGAAGGUCGGCGGUUUGAAUCCCUGCGACAGAGUGAGCUCCCGUUGCUCUGUCCCAGCUCCUGCCAACCUGGCAGUUCAAAAGCACGCCAGUGCAAGUAGAUAAAUAGGUACCACUGCGGCAGUAAGGUAAAUGGUGUUUAUAUGCGCUCUGGUAUCCGUAACGGUGUUCCGUUGUGCCAGAAGCAGUUUAGUCAUGUUGGCCACAAGACCCAAAAAGCUGUCUGUGGACAAACGUCGGCUCCCUUGGCCUGAAAGUAAGAUGAGCGCCACAAUCCCAUAGUCGCCUUUGGCUGGACUUCACCGUCCUAGGGUCCUUUACCCAAUAAAAUAGUAUUUGCAGGGAGUCAAAGAUGCUGCAGAGUAGAUUUUGAGGCAGGAACUCUCAAGCCAGAAACCAGCAUCUCCAUGAGCUACUUGUCUUAGAAUCAUAGAAUUGUAGAGUUGGAAGGGACCUUAAACAUGAUGGGCUCUUUCCAAUGUUCCACCAGCAGAACUCUACUCACACAGUGAGACCCUUCCUCUCCUUCUCCUUCUCCAUUCACUCCCAAAUCUGCUCUGGAAGGUCUCUCAAACCCUUCAAAACUGAUUUUGAGGGUGCAGAGUGAGGACGCUGUAGGGGAUUGGAGGGGAAUAUUUUAUUCUAUGUGCAGAAGUCUUGCGCUAGCAGAAUAGGAACAUAUGGUGCCACCAACAAUAAUCCUCAGCCAACAGUAUGUCGCCUACUCUCUUUUUCUACUACUACUACUACUAAUAAUAAUAAUAAUAUAUUUAUACCCGUCCAUCUGGCUGGGCUUCCCCAGCCACUCUGGGCAGCUCCCAACAGAGUAUUAAAAACACGAUAAAACAUCAAACAUUAAGAACUUCCCUAAACAGGGCUGCCUUCAGAUAGUUGUUUACUUCCUAGACAUCUGAUGGGAGGGUGUUCCACAGGGCAGGUGCCACCACCGAGAAGGCCCUCUGCCUGGUUCCCUGUAACCUCACUUCUCGCAGGGAGGGAACCACCAGAAGGCCCUCAGAGUUGGACCUCAGUGUCCAGGCUGAACGAUGGAGGUGGAGACGCUCCUUCAGAUAUACUGGGCCAAGGCCGUUUAGGGCUUUAAAGGCCAGAACUAACAUUUUGGUGCCGAAACCAACUCCCUUUCCCCACUUUUCUGGGGCAUCCCCUGGGAAUGCGUAGUGUUUCUCCACACCCUAGCCUUAACCUGUUUGGGUUUUGCAGUUCACAGCGGCAGAAGCAGAACAUAGAACUUGUGAGGAUUACCGUGGAGAAUCAGGGUAUCCUCAAGAGGAUCCGAGAGAGAAAGCCAACCUAUGACCGGAAGCAGUCAGAGAUUGACUGGGAGGCAAGUGCACCCUUCCCCAUAUUUAUCAAAAAUGCAACCAACCUCCAUUUCCUUAGUUGUAAACGUUCAAGCCUUUAAGGUUCAGCUGGUAUGAAGCCAACCUGGCCGUACUUUGAAGAGGUGGGCAAGGUAUAAUAGUUGUGAACAGGACAAGUGCAGCUCCAUGUGAAAAAGUCAAAUGUGAGCUUGUGUCCAGCACCAGGACACUGAGAAUAGAAAAAUGUGUGUGGGUUGUAAUGAAAUAUACCAUGUUAAGGCAGCAGUCCUAUGCACACUGACUUGAAAGUAAGUCCUAGUGAAAUCAGGAGGCUGUGUGCACAUUCCUGUCUCCCACAGUUGUUUUGCAAAGCUGCGGACACACAGCAUUCGCCAAAAUCCCCAUCUAUCCUGCAGUUUGUUGAGAAAUACUGCAUUUUGAUGCCUUUCUCCCCAAACCGACUUCAAUCCAAUUUGAAGAUGUUAAGCUGUAUCAAAAUAACCCCGUUUCCUCUCUGCCCACUGGUUCAGACAGUGGGUGACCAAUUGCACUGAUGUGUACCACAAGUGUUUUUUGGAAUGGAGGCGGGGACCUGUUUUAAAGGAUUGGACCUGUGGGUGAGACCUGUAGCAUAUUAGUGGGACUCUUCCUUUCAUAAGCCAAAGUUAGCAUAUCUCCUGAGUUUACAUCAAUAAAACUCAGAAACGCGAGGAGUUAGGAGUCCAACGUUGUUUAUUGCAAAGCAGUAGGUUACAGUCGGAUCGUUCCACAAAACUGCAACCCUGCCCUUUGGUCCAGGCAGUGGUAUUUAUAAAAUUUCAAACAAAGCAUUUCAGUUUCCACCAAUCAUAUACAUCAUUACCUCAUUUCAUGUUUUACACAUGGACAAUUAUUGUUGUUUAGUUGUUUAGUCGUGUCCGACUCUUUGUGACCCCAUGGACCAGAGCACGCCAGGCACUCCUGUCUUCCACUGCCUCCCGCAGUUUGGUCAAACUCAUGUUCAUAGCUUCGAGAACACUGUCCAACCAUCUCGUCCUCUGUCGUCCCCUUCUCCUUGUGCCCUCCAUCUUUCCCAACAUCAGGGUCUUUUCCAGGGAGUCUUCUCUUCUUAUGAGGUGGCCUCAGCUUCAGGAUCUGUCCUUCCAGUGAGCACUCAGGGCUGAUUUCCUUCAGAAUGGAUAGGUUUGAUCUUCUUGCAGUCCAUGGGACUCUCAAGAGUCUCCUCCAGCACCAUAAUUCAAAAGCAUAAAUUCUUCAGCAAUCAGACUUCUUUAUGGUCCAGCUCUCACUUCCAUACAUCACUACGGGGAAAACCAUAGCUUUAACUAUACGGACCUUUGUCGGCAAGGCGAUGUCUCUGCUUUUUAAGAUGCUGUCUAGGUUUGUCAUCGCUUUUUUCCCAAGAAGCAGGCAUCUUUUAAUUUCGUGACUGCUGUCACCAUCUGCAUUGGUCAUGGAGCCCAAGAAAGUAAAAUCUCUCAUUGCCUCCAUUUCUUCUCCUUCUAUUUGCCCCGAGGUGAUGGGACAAGUGGCCAUGAUCUUCAUUUUUUUUAUGUUGAGCUUCAGACCAUAUUUUGUGCUCUCCUCUUUCACUCUCAUUAAGUGGUUCUUAAGCACUAGCAAUUUCUGCUGAUUAAUUUCUGGUUCCCGCCAUGUUCUAUUACAUUGUGUUAGUGUGCAAGUUGGGAACCUGUGUUACGUGUAGCCAUUUGCACCAUGUAGCAACUUAUGUUCUAGCUUUUAGCUGCAUCUUUGUGAUUCACAUAUGAGCUGUAUUUCUGCCCCAUUUGGGGGGCGGCAACUUGCAAAAUCAUCAGUUUCAUAAAGUAGCAGGCUACCAUAACUUCUCUAUUAAACGCACACUCUUUUUUUCCCCCCAAAUUUUUUUUUAUUGGUUUUCCAAAAUUUUUGAACAAACAAACAAACAUAAAUCUUAACUAUACUUAAUCCAAUCUUAGUAAUAUUGUUAAGUGACUUCCUCAAAUCCCCCUGGCUGAGUUUCAGUGUAUAUCAUUGUAACAGUUUUCCAAAACCAAAUUUCUCAUAAAAUUAACUUAAUCACUUAACAUCAUUCUAUCUUUUCAUUUUAACUUUAAACAUAUUAUACGCUAACAUCACAUAUUUAAAUCCUAAGCCUAUCUGAUAUUUGCAGGUUUUUCCAAUUAAGUUAGCAUAUUUAACUAAAUAUUCUUUGAAUUUCAUCCAUUCCUUCUGGUACUCCUCCCUCCUUCUGGUCGCGGACUCUUCCAGUCAGGUCAGCUAGCUCCGAAAAAUCCAUCACCUUCAUCUGCCAUUCUUCCUCUGUUGGGACGUCUUGUGUUUUCCAAUUCUUAGCUAACAAAAUUCUAGCUGCAGUUGUGGCAUACAAAAACAAUCUAACAUCUUUCUUGGGUAAUUCCAGACCUAUUAUUCCAAGAAGAAAGGCCUCUGGUUUCCUAGUAAAUGUAUAGUUCAACAUUUUUUUCAAUUCAUUAUAAAUCUUCUCCCAGAAGACUUUCACCUUGGGGCAGGUCCACCACAUAUGAUAAAAGGUACCUUCUUUUUCUUUACAUUUCCAGCACAGAUGAUCACUAUUAUGAUAUAUCUCUGCUAAUUUUACAGGAGUUAAGUACCAUCUAUACAUCAUUUUCAUAAUAUUUUCCUUUAACACCAUACAUGCAGUGAACUUGACCCCUUUCCUCCACAACCUUUCCCAGUCUUCAAACAUUAUGUUAUGUCCCACAUCUCUAUUAGACGCACACUCAAGAACUUACAGGGGUACACAUUAUCACAUAUAUUGUGGCCCUUUGGGCCACCGCCACAUUCCAAAUAAGAAUGUCCACAUAACAUCAGGCUGCAAGAAGCACACCAAUCUUGUAGAGAACCAUGCAUCAUAAACAUGGUGCUCUUAUCCGGAAAGCAGCUGCUGCCGAGGAAGAAACAGACUUCAGAGAGAAGGAAGCUUAGAAGUCAGAGAAUUGGUGCAGGCGGAAGGGGUUAAUCCCCUUUGCCUCAGCACUGUGACUUAUAUCCAGAUCCUCUCUGUGUGUGAGAGAGAUCUCUCCUUUGAAGCAUAGAAAGAAGAAGAAGAAGAAGAAGAAGAAGAAGAAGAAGAAGAAGGGGAGGAGUUUGGAUUUGAUAUCCCGCCUUUCACUCCCUUUAAGGAGUCUCAAAGUGGCUAACAUUCUCCUUUCCCUUCUAUAGUGGUUCUAGGGGCUGCUUGUGCGUAAAUCGGCGCCACACCUGGCUGGGUUGCCUGAGUGAACCUUUUCUGUCCGGACAGCCACUCGUCCGUGGCUGUCUCAGUCGCUGGCAGAAUCCGUCAGUGGGCGUUUCUUGAACUUCUUCCAGCACAGAAGUUCUUUGACGCCUAGUCUCCGCCUAGUCUCCCAGCUCGGAAGCCUUCUGCGCAGGGAGGGUGUGGGCAGCGGAGGACCCGUGCUCUCCCCGCUGGUCCCCGGUGAAGAGUCAUGGAGGCACCUCGCCAAUUCCCCCAUCUGCCCCCCUUCUCCACUGGUGCUACGCUGAUUUCCUUCCCCAGAAGAUGUGCUGCUUCUCUCCCUCCCGGAACGCUCUCCAGAAUCCCUCUGGAGCCCUCCCUCUCCCCCUGGCUCCGAUGGCAGUUCCCUGACAUCCACCUCCUCCCCAGGACCCCCACCCCACCCCGGCGCGAUUUUCCGAUAUAACCUCGUCUCUUUCCUUGGCCAACGAUGCGGGGAAUCCCCUGAAGGAGCUGUCACCAUCCUCUGAGGAUUCAAAACCAGCCUCCCACCCGCUCAGAUCUCUCCCCUCAGGGUGGACCUCCCAGUUUGAUUCUUCUCCCUCUGACACCUCUCCUCCCUCCUCUUCGGAGACCGGAAAACCCACAAAGUCCCCUUCGUCGUCUGUGGUUCCAAAUUCUUCCUCCCAGAAUCUCGCUAGUGGUUUUGGCUUAUCCGGGAACAAACUAUGGAAUUCUUCCACCAGAUGCCCAUCAUUGAUUGACUCAGCGGGGACCCACGUGUUUUCUGACCUGGGUUCUCCUUCCCAAGCUACCAAGUACUCCACCUGGCGACCUGGCCACAUUGAAUCGAGUAUUUCCGUGGCUUGGUUGCGGUGUUCCCUCUCCUCUACCUGCGGGUGGGUGGUUACUCCUCCCUACCGCCCCGGAAAUUCCCUCCCCUCCCUGUACGGUGAAAGUAGGGACCUAUGGAACACCGGGUGUAUCUUCAUGCUGUCCGGCAACUUGAGUUUGAAUGCCACUGGGUUCACCCGCUGUGUUACCUCAAAAGGCCCCAGCCGCCUCGGCUGCAACUUCUUGCACCCUCCCUUUAGGGGUAACCCUUGGGUUGACAACCACACCCGGUCUCCCACCCUUAUCCUGACUAAAUUGUAUGCCCCCCAGAGGUCCAGCUUGGUAAAAAUCUUCCCCUGCCUCACCCGUGUUAAAAUGUCGUCAAUCCUUGGCAUUGGGAAGGUCACGGGUUCUGACACCAGGUUCAACCUCCUAUAAUCCACGACCAAUCUAGGCUGAUUAGUGUCUUUUUUGUCCACAAAGAACACCGGACUGCCCCCCACCGCCUUGGAUUCCCUUAUGAACCCCCUCUUCAGGUUCUUGUCAAUAAACUGCCGCAACUCCUGCAUCUCCCGGUCGGACAUGGCAUACAGCUUACCCACCGGCAACUGAGCCCCUGGGAGUAGGUUGAUUUGGCAGUCAAAGGGCCUGUGGGGGGGUAGUCUAUCUGCCUCCUUCUCGCUGAAGACCUCCUUCAGGUCAGCAUAUUGUGAUGGCACCUCCCCCUUUUGUUCCACGGCCAGCCCAGCCACCCUGGCCACCGUCAUUCUUGGGUUCUCCCCUCCCAGACAGUGUCCUAAGCAGUAAGCUGACCCAAAGUUGACUGACCGCUGAUGCCAUGACACUACGGGAUCAUGCAGCGCCAACCAGCUCAUUCCCAGUAUUAUUGGGGGUCCUGGCAGUGUGGCCACGUGAAAGGCAAUGGUCUCCGUGUGCCUGGAAACCCUCAUUUGCAUUGGCGGGGUCUGGUGUGUCACUUCCCCUCCCAGAAGUUCCCUGCCAUCGAUGGUUGUCACCUGCAAGGGAAAAUCUAGAGGCAACAGGUGGAGUUGGUGCUCUAGAGCGAAGUCUCUGCUGAAGAAAUUACACGAGCUGCCCGAAUCCAGCAGUCCCUUAAUUUUGACAGGGUGCCCAUUCAGAAGUUCUAGCACCACUUCUAUGGCUAUAGCUGCCUUGGGGGGGUCAGGCUGGGGCACUUCGAUUGGUUGCUGGCCUGGCUGCUGCCCCUGCUGGUUGGCAGCCAGGCGUUGUCGUUUCCCUGCGCCUGCCCUUCCUCCCCCUUCUCGUCGAGGCCUGCAGCCCCCACCAUCCCUUGCCAGGCCUUUCGUUGAGGGCAGACCUUAGCAAAAUGUCCUGGUCGUUGACAGAGGAAACACUUCUUAGUAGUUUUCCACCCCUUUUCCUCCCUUUUUCGACCUUCACCGGAGUUUGAAACCUCGCGCGCGCCAUCAAUUUCCAUUGGCUCCGCCGCCUGGGAAGGCUCCCUCAGUAUCUCUGGAAUGCGGUAGUCAUGGAAACGCUCCUCUCUCAUUUCCCGCUUCUCCUGCGCCCGCGCUUCUUGGCGUACGCCUAUCGCGAGCACAGCCUUUGUGAGCUCGUCCAUCGACCAUGGCCGGGCUGCUCGGGACAACUUGUCUUUCACUUCAGGGGACAGACCCGCCUCAAACAACAUUUGUAUCGGUUCAGAGUCCAGAUCCCACCCGAGCCGGUGGACUAACAUCGCAAAACGCGACCAGUAGCUUCUGACGGACUGGCUCCCCUGCUUGCACCCCAUCAGUUCCCGCCUUGUCACGCUUUUCUCCACCUCGCUGGAGAACAUCGCGUCCAUUCCCUGAAAGAAUUUCUUAAGGUCCUUCAGGGCAUCAUUUUGCGUCGCCAUUAAGGGCCUGAUCCAUUCGCGCGCCCCAUCCUGCAGAUGCCCCACAAUGUAAGCCACCCUUUCCCCAUCAUCAGCAAAGUCAUUUUUCUGCAGCUCCAAAGCGUACUGCACUUCUGUUCGGAAAGCAUUGUAGUCUUGGGGCUUUCCACCAAACUUGUGUACCAGCCCCGGUACUUUCCUUGCGAUGGGGGUGGUUCUGACCUGUGCAUCCUGAGCCCGUCUUUCCUCCAGCCACGCCGUCAGGAUAGCUACAUGCGUCUCCAAGUCUCAGUUCCUCUCUACCAGACUCCGCACCGCAGCUGGCUGCUCCGUCUCUCUGGCUGUUCCUGUUUGGCUCAUCGUGCUGCCUUUCAGGGGCUGCGCACAAGCAAAGUCAGUGACUGACAGAUUGCUGUAGUGGUUCUAGGGGUUGCUCGUGCGUAAAUCAGUGCCACACCUGGCUGGGUUGCCUGAGUGAACCUUUUCUGUCCGGACAGCCACUCGCCCGUGGCUGUCUCAAUCGCUGGCAGAAUCCGUCAGUGGGUGUUUCUUGAACUUCUUCCAGCACAGUUCUUUGACGCCUAGUCUCCGCCUAGUCUCCCUGCGUGGAAGCCUUCUGCGCAGGGAGGGUGUGGGCAGCGGAGGACCCGUGCUCUCCCCGCUGGUCCCCAGUGAAGAGUCAUGGAGCCACCUCGCCGAUUCCCCCAUCUGCCCCCCUUCUCCACUGGUGCUACGCUGAUUUCCUUCCCCAGAAGAUGUGCUGCUUCUCUCCCUCCCGGGAUGCUCUCCAGAAUCCCUCUGGAGCCCUCCCUCUCCCCCUGGCUCUGAUGGCAGUUCCCUGACACCUUCCUCCCCCACAACAAACACUCUGUGAGGUGAGUGGGGCUGAGAGACUUCAGAGAAGUGUGACUGGCCCAAGGUCACCCAGCAGCUGCAUGUGGAGGAGCUGAGACGCAAACCCGGUUCCCCAGAUUACGAGACUACCGCUCUUAACCGCUACACCACACUGGCUCUCCAAAGAACCCUCUGCCUAGGCCAGCGUUUCUCAACCUUGGGCCUCCAGCUGUUUUUGGGACUACAACUCCCAUCAUCCCUGAUCACUGGCCCUGCUAGCUAUGGAUGAUGGAAGUUGUAGUCCCAAAAACAGCUGGAGGCCCAAGGUUGAGACACUCUGGCCUCGAGGGUGAGCCUAGAAUUUUGAUGCGUUCCCUGCUUAUAUCAGUGGCUGUUUAAUAUCCACAUUUUCAAGAAAAUGUAGCAGCUCAAUCAAUUUUGCGACUCUCCCCGCCAGCAGUUGUAGAAUAUGAUAACCGAUUAUGAUCAUCUUGGAGCUGGGGGAACAGGGUGGGAGCAGCGAGGCGCAUUUCCCGAAGCUCAUGCGUGGGAAACGACUGUUCCAACCUUGUUAUUAGCAAGAAGGGAGAGGGUGCAGGGUUUGUGUCGCUCGCCGUCACGUUUUCGCGUCCUCCCCCUCCUCCCUGGUCUCAUUAUUCUGCAAAGCCGCCUUCCCCGAUAUCUUUUGUCGGUGGAAUUAAAAUCUCUCCCGAAAAGUCGAGCGGCGUCUCCUCGAUGUCAACAAGCCUCCCACAGGCAGUGGAGAAGGCAGAUGGCACAGCUGCAACCUUUUGUCUUAGCACAAAAGUUUCUGCCCCUUUGUUCCUCUUCUGAAACUGGGGACUAGGCGAUGGUGCUUUGCCGUCACAGAUCGAGAGAAGGGAGUUUUGCUCUCAUUCGCCUGUACCCUAAACACUUUCCUUCAUUGCACAUACCCCAACUCCCCCCCCCCCAUUGUGCACUCGUGGUGUGCAUGUUACAGGUGGCCAGUGCUGCUUUCGAUACUGUUUGUGCCUGCAAAUGUUCCAGGGCAGGCAUACGCAUUCGUUUCCAAUCUGCGCACAUCCCGCAACUUCAGGUUAUAAUAAUACAACGGCAAUGAAAACCAGUGAAUUGACUAUACUACAACAUAAAGAAAUGGCAAUCUAUAAAUUUAUGCUAGAGAAACAAUAUCCGGCCCAUCCAAAAGGAUAGCUCACUGAGCUCAAUAAGACUUUGCUUCAUUUGAGAAAAGACGUCUACUGUUACAGGUAAGCCACUUGAAAAAACGGUUACUGUAUUUUUCCGUGUAUAAGACGCCCCCUAUUUUGGAGGACUAAAUUUAAAGAAAAUGAGGAGAGAUGGCCCAAAGCUGUUGAGCUUUUUCAAGGGGGAAUUGCACGCGCACCAUCACCCCAACGUGCACCUCCCGCAGUGGCAUGGGGGGGUUGCACACCCGCCAACCAGCUGGCUGGCGGCGCACAGCUCCCCCCCCCCACGCUACUAUCCAUGUAUAGGACGCGCCCAGUUUUUUUACAUGAUUUUUGAGUCAAAAAACCUCAUCUAAUACAUGGAAAAAUACGGUAUGUCCCUGUGGAGAUGUCAGUACUGAAUCGGUGGCUCAUGUCCUUCUGCCUUGCAAUCUUUAUAAAGAUUUGAGGAGUGAGGUUAUCACCCCUCUAUUACUCUUACUGUCCAUUCCGGGACGCCCAACCACUGUCACAGUGUCCGUUCCCUUGGCAGAUCAAGAUGAACAGUGACAGCAAAGGUUGCAAGGUUUUUAGCCUGGGCAAUUAGAAGAAGAUCCAUUAUUUAACUAUUGAUCCAAACCCCCAAAAUGUAUUUUAUAUAAUUGGCUUUUAACCUUUAUCUUCUGUAUACCGCAUUUUGUUUGUUUUAUUGCUAUGGCUGGUGGCCAAUGCAAAUAAAGAUUCAUUCAUUCAUUCAUUCAGGUAAGCCACAAAGAAUCUGACUCUACCUUAGGGGGCAGUUUUGCUCAGUCAAAUGCAGUGGGUCACGGAGAAGGAAAGGGACGUGUUUAUAUAAUGUAGUUCUGGUUCUUCUGCACCUACACUAGGAAAGCAGCCUAGCAAUUUAGCCUCAAGGUCAGGAAGAUCCAAUAGCAUCACAAUGAAAUAAUACGCAGUUGAAAAUGUUGACAAUAGGACCCAGGGAGGGGAUUGGGGGGCGGAGAAGUCUCGAGAUUCAGAGAAAUCUCUUUAUAUGGAUUAUGUAUUUGGUAUUGUUAUGAAUUUAUAUUUGUAAAAUCAAAUAAACAUAAUUUCAAACAAACAAAAUAGCAUCAGUGACAAGUUUGUGACCUUGGUUGUCUUCACCCUUGCAGAAUUCAAGGAAGUAUCUGAGGACCAGCACUCGCUUUCUAAUCUCAAAUCACGAGUAAGUAUGAAGCACAGUCCGGACCAUGUUAUUGGUGGAGUGGGUGGGUGUACACACACACACACACACACACACACACACACACAGCUACAGCAGAAUAAAUCUACCACAAAUGCACUACUGUGUUAACAUGUUGCAGAAUGCACCAGACACCAGCCUGGAGGGGCCCUUACUUAACUUGCUCCAGGGUUAAACACUGGACAACAGCUCAGAGUAUGAUUGAAGGCUAUGGUCCCUUUAAAUCUCCACCCUCUGGAGGCUAUUUCAUGUAUUACUAGACUAGCCUCUGAGUCAGCAUUGUACUAGGAGCUCAGCGCCCAUGCAGAUCAAAAGCUGGCCCAACAAAUAUGUAACACUGUCAUAUUUACGAUGUUUUUGAAUUAUCUUUCAUGGUUUUUUGUACGUACAAUGCAAUGACAGCAUGACAUGUGUCAUUUAGCAAUAUAUCUCAACUGCCCUGAAGAAGACAUACGAAAUGGAGACCAUACCCGGGCGUCUCGUUGACAGGAGUCCUUCGUGUACACAGUCUUUAUCUGGAAGAUUUACUCCAUAGUUGAACUAUUGAACUCUUGUUCUCAGUUAUACUGAAUAGCAAUUUGCAAAUAUAUAUAUAUAUUCAAGUUUUUUGUGACUGUACAUAAAUACCUUGUGUGGAUAUUAUUUUGAGUCAUAAAACCAAUUGCAUUGGGACAUUCAGUGCAUCUUAUACUUUCAUCAUAUACAGAGCUGUGUUCGCUUUGUUUUGAUUAGAUUCUAUUCUCUCUAUUCCUUCGUUGUUGGAGCCAGGGUUAAACCCUGGCACAAGAAAUAGGCUCUGGAACUGAGCCCUGGCAGGGUGACUUGUGGCCCCGUGUAAGCCAAACAAAGCAUUAAAGGGCCCACCUUUCUCUGAUGAAACAGCUACGCUUCCCUGUCUAAUAUUUCCGCCUUCUGAUUUGUUGCAGGAAGCUAGGCGCUGUGAGGAAUAGCAAACCGUUUGGGCCUGUUCGAAGUUCAACAGCUAGCUGAUGGCACCGCCAACAGCAGGCUGAUUUCUUUGUUAGGGUUUCAGAAUUAAACAUGAUACGCGGAAAGAACGUCUCUUCCUUGCUUCUCUUAUGCCAAGUUUGCCAGCGCCAAGGCACA